AUGGAUGUGGAGGAUGCCUCAAAUAUACACCUGAACAUCUCAGCCACACCUGAAAGGGCUUUUCUCAGUGAAAAAGUGCCCCAGUCUGUUGCAGACAGCGAAGGACGAAUGGCAUACAGCCUGGAUGAAACCACUCCAGUAAUUUCUACGGAGCAGGUGCAAAUAAGGAAUAGAUGGCUCUACCUUGCUGUGUUUUCUGCUGUUCUGGGCAAUUUCAAUUUUGGAUUUGCUUUGGUGUACCCCUCCCCCGUGAUUCCUCAACUUAGCAGGAGUAAUGACCCUCGACUACAAAUGGACACCCAUCAGACAUCUUGGUUUGGUUCAAUAUUUAGCCUUGGAGCAGCUGUAGGGGGUUUUAGUGCCAUGUUGCUGAUAGACAGAGUUGGAAGAAAGCUAAGCAUCAUGAUGUCAGCAGUGCCAUCUGUUGUCGGUCUCCUUGUGAUGGGAGCAGCACAAGAAGUCUGGAUGUUAUUACUGGGCAGAUUUCUGACUGGCAUUGCUGGUGGAAUAACUGUUAGCACCAUUCCUGUUUAUGUUUCUGAGAUAUCACACCCAUCUGUGAGAGGUGCUCUGGGGUCCUGUCCUCAAAUCACAGCUGUCUUUGGAAGUCUUGCCCUCUAUGCUCUUGGCUUAGUUUUUCAGUGGAGGUGGCUGGCUGUGAUUGGGGAAGUUCCAGCUGUGGUCAUGCUUGUCCUCCUUUGCUUCAUGCCCAGUUCCCCACGUUAUCUCAUCACACACGGCAAAAAUGAAGAAGCACGACAAGCGCUUAAAUGGCUAAGAGGUCCCGACUCGGACUACUUGAAUGAAUUUAAUCAGAUUGAGCGCAGUAUUCAAUCUCAGGCUGAAUUUCAAUGGCGUGAACUGAGAAAUCCAUUCUACUAUAAGCCAAUCCUGAUAUCCAUCUUCAUGGGAUUCUUCCAGCAGAUCACUGGCGUAACACCCAUUCUGGUGUAUCUGGAGCCAAUUUUUCAGAGAACAGCCAUUUCACUGGACCCUAAAUACAGUGCUGCAUUGGUGGGGUUAGUAAGAUUGUUCUCUGUCAGUAUUGCAGCCAGUUUGAUGGAUAAAGCUGGCAGGAAAGCUCUACUCUUCACAUCAGGAUUUCUGAUGUAUUUGUCCAUGCUUUCAAUGACCAUGUACACCCACAAAACACCCUGCCCCAUUGUGAACCUCACUAGUGUCCCAGAAGACUUGCUGAAGGGGGCGUAUGGAGCUUCUGUCUUUGACCCCAUUACCCUUAUUCCUCUCAUCAGCACAAUUGUCAUAAUUUUUGGUUAUGCUGUGGGUUGGGGUCCAAUUGCAUGGCUGAUGAUGUCAGAGAUCUUACCCCUGUGUGCACGAGGUGUGGUGUCUGGCCUGUCCGUUGUUGUUAGCUGGAUCACAUCAUUUGCUCUCACGCAACUAUUUAUGCAAGUGGUGGUGGCCUAUGGACUGUUUGUACCUUUUCUUUUCUUCUGUGUCGUCUGUGUGGUGGCUAUAAUUUUCACUGCAAAAUGUGUGCCAGAAACAAAAGGGCGAACUCUGGAGGAAAUAGAAAACUAUUUCAGGACUGGUCGUUCCUUCACCAUAAAUGAAGCCUAGAGUUAUCGGACAGCUCUAGUAAUUAUAUAUGAAAUUAGAUUUUAUAGUAUACUAUGCCAUUUACCAUUUACCAUAUUCCAAAAAUAUGUAUAUCUGG